AUGACUCUCCCAUAUCCAACACCCGCGGCGGGCUCUUCUCCUCUCCCCGCUAUCUCGGUAUCGGAAUUGCUCGCACGAGGCAAGCCGUUCGUAGAGUUCCCAACUUACAGCAUCCUCGACCUCAAACGUGAGACGGACUUGGGAGAGAGUGAAGGAGGUGCAAAAUCAUCAGAAAACAGCAAUGGAGUCUCGAGUGCUCAAUCGGCGAGUUUCGCGGACUGGCUGUCUCGAAAGCUCCAGAUUGGUCAUCCGUUUGUCAUCAAGGGGUUCAACAAAUUGCCCGAAUGGGACGGGAAGUUGUUUUCGAUUGAAGGAUUGAUUGAGUGCUCUACUCGGAAGAAUAUCCCAAUUAGAAACUGCACCACUGGUCGCGACCUCAGCUUCACACUCAAGAAGUUUGCAGAUGCUGCUCGCCAAUCUUAUCGCGAGUUCAGGAACUUCUACGCGAGGGACCUGCAAUGUCCGCCGGAAUGGUUGGAUCAGUGCCGCAAAUUGCUCCCACCGGAAUUACAAUACGAUGGUCGAGCAGAUCUUUUUCACUGGCUUCCGCCUUGUGCCAGGAGCGAGGUCAUGAUGGCGUAUGUAGGCUCGGAGGGCUCUUCGUCUAUUUACCCUGGAUCUGCGACUAACAUUGAUACUCUGACAGAUCGCCCAGUCAUCUGCUUUGGGACAGAUUUUGCGUCCCAGGUCAAGUAUGACUCUUUUAUGGCUGCAAAAGGAGCUUCGCCGCACGUGGACUGGCUGAACCUCAGCCCUGAUGAGCUGAUGAAAGCCGACUUCCCCAUAUACGUAUGCGAACAGGAGGUCGGCGAUGUCGUUGUUUUCCCUCCUGCGACAGCCCAUCAGGUUUGGAAUGUAGGGACCUUGUCGACGAAGAUGGUUUGGAAUAUCCUGCACCCGCUUUCAUUGGAAGCGGGUCUCAACUACGUCCAGCCUCCGUUCAAUCGUCUCUGUCAUCCUGACGUUGCGCGAACCAAUCUCUCUUUGGCAUGUGCAAUGCUCAGCCUGGUCAAGGACAAGGGAUCACGGUCCCUGCCACCGGAUCUCCCGCUUCUUUCCCGCCUUUUUCGUCAGAUGGUUCACGAUGAAUCCAUCGAAGAUACUCCUGCGACUGAAGUUACUCUUGUUCAAAUUCCUGAAAAUAUGAUAGCGACAUGCAACUUUUGCGGUACGGCUAUCUGGAAUCGUCACGUUCGCUGCACAGAGUGUGGUGACUUUGAUCUGUGCUUGCUUUGCUAUCUGAGUGGACGCAGCUCGGAUGUCAUGCGCCAUUCAGGCAUAUGGAUGUGUCCGAAGUGCCUGGAAACGUGCAAUUGUCGGUGUUGCCAUUUUCCGUCUGCAUACGUCAAGGCUGAGAAACCGGCUUCGAAGCGCAGAGUGAAGCCAAUGGAUCCUCGGGGUAAGAUAAUGGGCUUCACAGACAAUGUCUUCGAUCAGAAAAAAAGAAACCUAUCCUCGACGACAACUGCCCACUCGGCUCCUUCAGGGGAGGAGCCAAGGGGACAUAAGCGUCCGCUUUCAACCGACUUGACAUUUUCUACUCAAUCGCGACCUCUCCCUUCCCAUGUCGACGGUGCAGGUGACCCCUCAAGUGUGAAGCGGAUAGCGUCCAGUUCUGGGGGGAGCAGAGGCGGUCCAGAAUCCGCCGCAAGGGAAACGAGCCCUCAUCGUCAUGACGCUGAUAUCAGUCAUGCUGGAAGUACUACCAAUGGAUCUUCUAGGCGGAAUCGAGGUUCUGAGGACAGAUUUACGAACUCGUUCACUCAGGGAGAAUCUGUGCAACUGCCGCCAAUUAAAACUCGUGGCAUCGAACUGCCGUCCAGCUCAACACACGUCUCGACUAGUCACGAUCCCGCUUUAGCAAUGAAUACCCUUGCAAAUGCAGCCGGAGCCCGGGACAGGGUCCCAAUGACUCAAGUUCAAGAACAGAGGCUUAGUAGCGAAAAUUCCUACCUUCCUUUAACCCACGAUCAGUCUCGUCGGGAGUCAUCUGAUCAUGGCAAUUACGACAAGGGAACCAAGUCCACGUCAUCUACUACAUUUCGUCCGGAGUCACUGACGACUCAAGGCGACUCUCAUUCCCAAUCUCACGCCGUUAGGGGGACCAACUACCUUCCACCAAUCGUGACAGCAACAGCUUCACAGCCACCCGCGUCUUUAUCAUCAUCUUCUUCUUCUUCUGGAAUCUCGUUACAAAGCACGCGCCAAGAUGAGCUUGCCACGUUAGAAUCGCAGCUCCACCGGCUUCACCAGUACGCAGAGGAGCUUUUGUCAUUGUCGCUGCAGGAAUCGCACCAGUUACUGCAACGCGAGAUCCAGUCUCUCGAGCAGAGGAUCUUGUCGAUCAAGAGGGAACGGAGUGAGAAGCUUCUUCACGGCCUUGAGAGCGAGUUUCCCGGCCUUGUUGGAGUAAGAGAGGGUAUUAAAAAGGAAGUCUGGAGACAACUAUAUGUGUACUUUUACCCAUUUUCAAGAUCACCUCCCGAUCUGAAAAAGAGGGCUAAUGGGGAGGCUAUUACUCAUGGCUUGCCAUUGUCAGAAACUUGGGCACAAAUAUUACAGGUCAAGAUUGUAGGAAAACAUCGUUACCAGGUAUUCCUCCCAGCCAAUGAAAGCUCUCUAUUCUGCCUGCUCAAUUUCCAGGGCGGUGUCUCCAUCUUACUAUAUUCAGUUAAACUAUCAGGGCGAAACCUCGCAGCUGGAUUUCGAGCAAUUUGGGGGUUGACUGACCUUUCCGCUCUCACUGUUCGGUCAAAAAGAUUUCGGCAAGAAAGUACAUGA